GUUCCUGAAUGUUGAUUACAAGCUGAAUGAUGAUUACAAGCUCUCUGUUUAACAAAAAUCUUUCCUUUUGUCCUCGUAAACUCGGAUCCAAAUCUAAUUUUUCUCAUUUUCACUCUGGUUUCUCUCUCUCAAGUUUUCUCUUCAUUCACAGGGAACUCAAGUGAGGAUCAUCGUGGAAUUAGUGACUCAGAAAUUGGACAGGCAGCUGGGAAAUGGAUCGCAAAGGGUGUUCAGAAGUAGAAGUAGCUUCCCUACCUGGAGUUAUAACUGGCGGUGAUAUUACUAACUUCAAUACUUGUCUAAAGUUGAAUAAUGAUAUUACUGGAAUUGUUGGUAACCCUAGUUUCAUUAGGAUUGAUAAUGAUAUUAUAGUUAGUGAGAUACUAAGCAGACUCCCUGUGAAAUCACUUAUGCGGUUUAAGUGCGUGAGCAAACAUUGGUUGUAUCUGAUUGAAGAAGACUCGUACUUUAUUGAUUUACAUCUCACUCGAUCAAAAGCACGCCCAUCUCUUGUUUAUGUGAUUCCGCUGCUUUCGGUCAAGGAUCAAGAAUACACAGAGAUCAGAUAUAUGGGACAUGAUGAGGUUUUCUUGACAGCAGAUUUAUCUCUUGGAGGCAUAAUAGGCAGAGCAGGCAUCCACACCAUGAGGAAAACAAAUAUGUUCUGCUGUGAUUUUAUUUUAAGACCCAUAAAUGGCUUGAUGUGUUUUGUCGAUGAUCACAGGCAUGCUGUUUGCAUAUACAAUAUAAGCACGAGAGAAGCAUCACCCUGGAUUCAAUCAACAUUAUUACUAGAAGAAAACGAAAACCAUCCUGAAUUUAACACUCAGGAUCCCCAGGUUACAUCUUAUAUAUUUGGAUAUGAUCCUACCACCAGGGAGCACAAAGUGUUAUGCAUGUGGUAUAUAUUUGUAGGAGAAGUCCCCAAUUGUCUAGAAGAAGAUGGUGAUGACGAUUUUGAAGUUAUUGAAGCUUGCGAGAUCUUAACUUUAGGCGAUGGUUCUUGGAGAAGGAUACCUGAAGUGCCACCUUAUCUUCAUGAUAAUUUGCCUUGUGCGUAUGUGAAUGGUUCUAUGUAUUGGUGCACUGACAUGUUUAUCAAUAAUCAUCCAAUAUGAGUACGGUCAGUUAUUAGCCUUAGCUCAUCCUCGAAGGGACCCAUCAGUUAAACAGAUAUGAGCUACUCUAGAAAGAAUCAAUAAUCAUUUCUAGCUCGAUGGUAUGAACUGUCACCAUGUACAGCAACCAUCCUUAUCAGAUGAUAUGAAUUGGAAAUCAGCAAUCAUAUCUGCACUAGGUAGUAUGAACACUCAAUACUGCAACUACCUCUUACCAACGAUACAUACUUCCAAGGUUGCAACCAUCUCCAACUAGAUGGUAUGAACUGCCAAGUAGUAACCAGCUCCUUUCCGACGAUAUGAACAACCUCACACGGUUGUUCCGAACCGCAAAACGGCUGGCAACGUACCCUCCUCCAUAACUUGAAAAGGAUCAAGCACGACCGUAGUUCGUCAUCUUAAUUUAGAUAGUAUGAACUACUCACAGUAUUCCACUUACAGUGUAUAUAGUGAAAUACGAGUAAGCCAAAAGUACUCAAAAUGUCAUACACUACAAUGCUUAAAUGAUAACAGGAUCAUAUCCAACAGUAUUAUAAGGGUUCGCAGUAUUGUUAAUAAUCUUACAAGAAUCCCGAAACUCCAUGCACAAUAUUUUAGGUAACAGGAAAGUAGCUUGAGUAAAAUCUAAACAUAUAUACCAAUUCGAUGUCUCUGUAAAUUUGUUUGGUAUUUGUGUUUUGAGAAUCUAGGAUUCAAUUUAGAUUUGCGUUUUUG